AAAUUUUCGCAGCGAUCUCUAGCAUUCAAUUCUUACAGGCAAUGGUAUCCACUUUGUAGCAUUUGUACCAUCCAGUAACAAUCCCGUAUUGCGAGUACCUUCAUAUGCAGACCUCUGCCUUAUACAUAUCAGUCGCAAUACCUUUUUACACCAUUUCUUUUUGCAUUGAGUCUUCAUGUUGUACUUUUUGUCGUCGCAUACACUAAGUUAACCCAUGGCUGAUGUCGCCGAAGCUAUCGCGGCUGCCAUGGCUGCCGCUGCCGCGUCGUCGACCAGCCCCCCCAUUAAGACCGAGCCCCCAACUAGUGACCUCAUGGUUUUAGAUCGCGAAUCCGAACCACCGCCAUCACCUAUUAAGAGAGCGCGAACUCCAGACGAAGACGAUGAGCAAUCUAGGGAUGAGAAGCGCCUCAAGCUAGAGAAUGAGGGGGUUAAUGACAUUGAUGAUAUCGCCCUUCUCGUGCAACAAGCUGAGGCUUCGGUCAUGCAACAAUUCCAUUCCGAAUAUCCCACGACUGAGGACAUGUCCUGCAAUGACGAUCAUUUUCACGACAUAACCCAUGACAUAUCCCACGACAUGUCCCACGACAUGUCCCACGAUAUAUCCCAUGAUAUACAUGGGAUGUCUCAUGAACUACCUCAUGACCUAUCUCACGACACAUCCCACAGCUUGGCCGGGCUUGAGCAUACAUUUGAACCAGAAAUACCUAGCCCUGUCGAAAAUCCCGAGCCGCGUCCCGAAUCCUUAUGGAGUAACCCGAGAGACUUUACGCGAAGGAAACAUAUCAUACCAGGACUCGGAAGCAUGGCUAUUGACAUCAUCACAGCUUGGUCUGAACAGUCUUUGGAGGACACGAUUGCGACUCUUAGCGGCGACACGGACUCGGACAUUGCUAGGGAAUACACUGCGCUCAAAACCAUAUUUGACAAUCAACGAAAGCUGCUUUCUGACACGAAUCCACUCUUGUAUUCUGAGCAACUAAGCGUCACUAGUCAAACUCGAGAGGUCAUCAGGAUUGUGAAUCUUGCGACUACCUGCGCAAGCGUGUUCGGCGGGAAUGAGCUUGGUCUGGAAGAGAUUAAUGAUCACUUUCUACGGAUUUUCGUUCCUAAUAAUCAAGAAGUACCGCGAGACGUAGCAGAAUUAUAUCUAGGGUUGAAAACUCAGAUGUUCCUUUCCGUGUUAGAAAGUGAACCGGAGAAGGCUAGAGAGCAAUUACUAGAUGAUCUCUUUAUUACAAAGCUCGAAAGUUUCGUGCAAGAGCAUCAUCCCAACACGCCCUUGACAACUCCGGAGCACGAGUUCGUCACAAAUGCGAAGACGAGAAAGGCCAUGCUUUUGAACGAGUCCACCGAUGCUGAGAGUAUCCAAGCGCUGAGCAAGCAAUUUACGUACGAGGCCUUCCUAGACAGCCUCAGCACAUUCUUCAACGACCACAUAGAAGAAAUCAGGGAGCAAGGAACAGUAAAAGCCGAGACCGCCUCCAACGAGGAUAUAGAACAGGAAGGGAAUCUCGGCCAAAGCUUAGACGAUACGUUCGACCUCAACGCCAUGAUUGCCGAAGCUUCGAGGGCAGCUCAGAGCGCCCUAGAACCAAUCAACGGCGACUCCUCUCAUGAAUUAGACGAGCUUUCUGCAUUUCUUGCGGAAAACGUCUCCAAGGCAGUCGAACAGGCGAAAGAGAGUGCUACGAGCACCGAACUACCAUCCGCCAUUGCAUCAGCAGCGGAAAGCGCCUCAAGAGCCACUAUGCUAGCUCUGCAAAGCAUUCAACAAAAUCAAUACCAACCCACGGCGCUUCCACAAUCCUAUACCCCAACUCAUUCUACUUCAAGCCACAACAAUCACCAAUCUCAGCAAAUCCAGCAAAUCCAGCAAACCCAUCAGACACAGCAACCCCAGCCGCAGCCAUAUUACUCUAAUCAACAACAGCAACAAGCUACGAUGAAUGGAAUUGCCUAUCAAACACCUACCGACAAUCUUCCCCCUAAUCAAAGCGAGCCUACUCCAACCCUCUACGAACGUGCUCGACAAGCGGCGGCGGCACGAUCUUCCACUCAUGCCCGCCGUGAAGGAUCUCAUUCCACCCGGAGACCGUGGAGUCCGGAGGAGGAAAAGGCCCUUAUGAUGGGACUUGAUAUGGUCAAGGGUCCUCAUUGGUCUCAGAUCUUGACGUUAUUUGGCCCCAAUGGAUCUGUUAGUCGUAUACUAGCGGAUCGUACCCAAGUUCAGUUGAAGGAUAAAGCCAGAAACUUGAAGUUAUUCUUCCUAAAGACAAAUUCGGAGAUGCCUUACUAUCUUCAGUGUGUCACAGGCGAACUGAAAACGCGGGCGCCUACACAAGCUGCGAGGAAAGAAGCGGAAGAGAAGGCAAGACUCAACUCGGAGGAACAGCAGGCCCAUGUUAAUGGAAUAUUGACGUUGGCAGGUGGGUUGCAGAACAAUGCUGUAUCCAGACAGAGUCCUUCAGCGACAAUUCCUAGAAGUGCCACACCUAAUCAACCAUUGUCGCAUCCCAACUCACAGCCAGGUACACCAAGGGUCGCACAUCAGCAAAUACAACCAUCAGCAGCCACAUUAGCCCCUCUACCACGUCCGGUCAUACCUGCACCGCAACCAGUCAGCCUCCCUACUCUUACAUCUACCGCCCUUCAGCACAUGCAACUACCGCCCCCCCAGGCUGAACGACCCGUGACGCCAGCAACUUCUGCUACACCUCCGGCAAUGACUUCCUCUACGACUUCUGCACCCACUGCGCCUUCAUCGUCAACAACUACCAUGACGGUGGCUCCCAUGGAAAGUAUCGAACCAAAGCAUGAGAUGAAUAGUGUAGACGCCGCGGUUCUUGGCCUAGGCGCCGCUCUACAGAGGGAGAGAGAAAUGAAUUCGGCAGCGACCUCUGCCGUGACAGCUCACGCCGAAGAAGCACGCUCUGUCGCAACAUCGGCUACACCCGCGGCCACAUCCAUAUAACAGUAACAUGUUGUUGUUUUGUGGAUGAAGGGUCCUCUUUUCCUUGUCAGACUCAUGAAAGGCAUGGCAUGUAUGAUUGAUUGGUUGAUUGAUACCCAUGGGCGAUUUCUUUUUGGUGGCUGGGGUAAUGGUAGUUACAGUAUCUACUAGAUAUCUACCUACCUAGGUAGUUAAGCAGGUAGGAAAUCUCUAAAGUCGGCUUUGCUAGGCAAACGUUACAUUCGCGUAGCGUAGCUGGCGCAGGAAUCAAGCAGAUAAAUUUGGAGUUUUGAAUGUAUUGUUAUACGUCGAUUGCGUGUGACAGACUCGCCUAGGUCCGCCCUAUUGGAUGGUAACAUGUACAAAGGCAACCUUCGCCCGGUAUGCGGUUGCGCGUGGGUGAUGUGUCUUUCCGAGAACCGACAUAUGAUGAUCUUCUAGAAGGCUUCUAUUGUUCGGUGUGUACCGACCUCCUUAGUUUUAAUCUCCUGAACAUUGUAGGCUAUAAAAAUGGUAUAUCUAUAGUCUUGUACUUUGAGGCUAAGUAUAGACAUUCAAUCCGUAUGCCA